AUGGGAUCUUUCAAAAUAUUAAACGACUCUUUUAUUGGUGUUCUUAUUAUAUUUUUAACUGCGUCACUAGUAUCACUAAUAUGUGCUCAAAAUAUUAACAAUGAGGCAGAUUAUGAGAUGAAUGUGCUGAAUAAUCGAAUUUCCUGUUCUGUCAAGAACUUGAUAAAUCCGCCUCCUCUCGAAGGAAUUAAAGGUACAUUACAAUGGUGGCCAACUCCAAGUGUAAAUGCAGAUACUGAUUUGAUAGCGUUUAUUCGUUGUGAUGAUAAUAAAAAUGUUAUUUCUGCUGCGGAUUCUGCUUCUGCUAUUCUCUUAUAUUCAGAUGCAAACCCCUGUGGUUUCCGUAGCUCAUUUAACUUUACAAUUCCUAUAUUUAUUACUGAUCAAAAAUGUUAUGAUGAUGUUUCUAAGGUAUUAGUAUUAAAUAAUCAAGUUGCCGUUGAAAUAAAGGGGGGUAUAAAUUUCGAAAAUGUUCCUACAAAGGACAAUUCUCCCGUUAGUACAAAUGGCUCUUCAGGUGAAAAUAAAGUGCUUGCAACUUAUCAAACUGCAAUGAUUGUUCUUUAUGCUGUAUCAGGUGUUGUUUUGGGAUUAUUCUUUAUUGUGGUUGUCACAAAUAUUAUAAAGAAUCGACUUAAUGCUCCCGCACCACAAACAAGUCAAGGACAGGAUCCACGUCCACGUCGUGGAAUAGCUAGAUCUGUUUUGGAGAGUUUCCCUGUAUUCUUCUUUACUAUGGGAUUGAAAGACGAAGAUGAUGAUAAAAAAGAAAAAGAUGAUUUGGAAAAAGGAAAGGCUAAAGAAUUAGAAUCGGAUAUUGAAUUAGAAUCCUUAAGUACGGAUGUUAUGAAAUCUGCUCCACAAGCUGAAGAUGCUAAAGAUUCAUCAAAUAUUUCUACGGAUAAAACCUCUAAAGCGAGUAAUAACAACAAUGAUGAUAAUUCUCAAGAAAGUGAUCCUGAUUUACCACAAAAUCCUUCGAUUGCACAUAUUAAGGAUUCAUCACGUAGUCGUUCUAUAUCUACAACUUCAAAUCCUUCAGCAACAUUAACAAAUAAUGAAGUUCAAGAUGGACAAUUGACUUGUCCCAUUUGUAUAGAUGAUUUUGAAUCCGGUGAAGAAUUAAGACUUCUACCUUGUCAACAUCGAUAUCAUACAUUAUGCAUAGAUCCAUGGCUUCUUGAUAUAUCUCCUUUAUGUCCAAUGUGCAAAACGGAUUACACAUCAUGGGAAAGUGAAAUGAAUGCAACGCAACACAAUCAAGAUUCGUCAGUAUCUUCAUCUAUCGAGACAACUGGAAAUAAUCAUUACACGACACAUAACGAAAAUCAACGAAAUGAUGAUGACUCAUCAAGAGCUUCUUCUGUACAUCACAAUUUCCCACAUUUCCGAUGGAUAAAAUAUCUUACAGCGAUUCGUAGACGACGACGACAUAGGGACAGAAGAUCUAGUAGACAAUCAAGAAGUGCUGAAAAUAAUAAUAACAAUAGAAAUUCACAGAAUAGUAAUGUAGUCGGAACUGUUAUAACAAGCUAA